AUGUCCCCCGAUACCAGCCGAAGCAACACACCCAACUCCCGCGAGCCCAUUCCAACCACACCCCUCCCAAUCCACGGCCCAACAAUCAGCAACAUCGUCUGCGGCGCGCAUCUCAACUGCCUCUUCGACCUCCACCACAUCGCCCUCAGCGCCCGCAACGUAAUGUACAACCCCAAACGCUUCCCCGCCGCCGUCAUCCGCCACCGGCGCCCCAAAGCGACAGGUCUCGUCUUCGCCACCGGCAAACUGCAAGUCCUCGGCUGCCGCAGCGUCUCCGACGCCGUCCUAGCCUGUCGCCGCUUCGCCCGCAUGCUGCAGAAGCUAGGCUACCAGCCCCGGCUCGAGGACUUUGUCGUGCAGAAUAUUGUCGCGAACGCGGACACGCGGAUGCUCAUUCGGUUGGAAGGCUUGCAGUAUGCCCACCCUGCGUUUUGUAGGUAUGAGCCGGAGAUCUUCCCUGGGCUGGUGUAUUCCAUUAUGGAGCCGAAGAUGACGGUGUUGGUGUUUGCGGGGGGGAAGCUGGUUCUGCUUGGGGCGAAGAACGAGGGCGAUCUGGAGAAGGCGGUGAAGGUGCUGUAUCCGGUCCUGACGCUGUUCCGGAGGAGUUGA